ACUAUGUUUACAUGAUAGCACACAAGCAUAACUGUCCUAUAUAUACUUUAUUUCUAACAAUUUACAACAAAUAUUUACUACUGCAGUCUAUUAACUUGGUCUGGGAGAAUGGAAAACCUUUUUUGUUUUAGUUUUAUUUCUGAAGGGGGUUAGCUAUGUAGGCGUAUUAAUAAGCUGAGUUGAUUUAUAAGCUUAUAGUUUGGUCAUUUAUAUAACUGCAUUAAUCUUUUCUUCAAUUUUAACUAUGCAGAUGAAGUGGUGAUGAUUUCAGUUGCCUGCUUGAUUGUUUUGUUCAGUGUACAAAAGUUUGGAAUGAGUAAAGUGGGACUUGCAGUUGGACCUGCUUUGUUCAUAUGGUUUUGUUCUCUUGCGGGUAUUGGGAUAUACAAUCUUGUCAAAUAUGACAGAAGUGUCUUGAGGGCAUUUAAUCCUAUUCAUAUCUACUAUUUCUUCAAGAGGAACUCAACUAAAGCAUGGUAUUCUCUUGGGGGAUGUCUUCUGUGUGCAACUGGUUCUGAAGCCAUAUUUGCAGAUCUUUGCUACUUUUCUGUACGAUCAGUGCAGCUUACGUUUAUCUUUCUUGUUUUGCCAUGUCUGCUAUUGGGUUAUUUGGGUCAAGCUGCAUACCUUAUGGAAAACCAUGCUGAUAUUGGUCAGGCCUUUUAUUCAUCUGUUCCGAGUCCUCAUCAUAUAACUGGAAAUGGUGUUGGAUUCAAACCAGACAUAUUGGACAUGGAUGUACUGGACAAAGUUCUUGAACUUAGUGGUGAGAUGAAGUUUGGUUCAGAUUUGGUGAGGUUUGAUUUGUGUAUGGAGGUUGAAGGUAAUAUUGAUGAAGGUUGUUUGGAUUGUGAAAUGAGAAAGAAGAUUGAAGGAUAUUUGCUCUGUUUUUUCAAGUUUUUGGAGGAAGAUAUUUGGCAGAGUUUCACUACAUUUGGCUCAUAG